UUCUGCUCUGCUCGGCUCUGCUCGGCUCUGCUCAUGCCACACCACAGGGUAGCUGGCCUCCCUCCACCGUCUUCAUGACCCAUCGCCAUCAUGGUGUCCUGCCCCAUCUGCGGCAAGUCCGUCUCGUCCCUUAAGAUCAAUGACCACAUCGACUCCGAGUGCCAGAGCUUCGUCGACGAGCCCUCCAGCUCCAGCGAAACCCCCGCCCCGAAGGCAUCCGUGCCCAGCUUCUUCCAGCCCACCUCCGCGCGCAAAGCGUCCGCCCAAGCAAACGGUCAGCGAGAUCAAAAUGGCGACUCCUCCCCCCUGCGCAAUGCCAACGGCAAACGGACCACCCACGAUCCCCCGGAGGCCAACGGCAGACCGAGGAACGAACAACCGACAGAGCCCAAGAAACCCAAGAUCAGCGCCCUGCAAAAGGCGGCGCCGCUGCCGGAGCGCAUGCGCCCCCGCACUCUCGAUGACGUCUGCGGGCAGGAACUCGUGGGGCCGAACGGGGUGCUGCGCGGGCUGAUCGAGCAGGAUCGCGUGCCCAGCAUGAUCCUCUGGGGCGGCCCCGGCACCGGCAAGACCACCAUUGCCCGCGUCAUCGCGACCAUGGUGGGCAGCCGCUUCGUCGAGAUCAACAGCACCAGCACCGGCGUGGCCGAGUGCAAGAAGAUCUUCGCUGACGCCAAGAGCGAGCUGGGCCUGACGGGGCGGAAGACCAUCAUCUUCUGCGACGAGAUUCACCGCUUCUCCAAGUCCCAGCAGGACGUGUUCCUGGGGCCGGUGGAAAGCGGCCAGGUCACGCUGGUGGGCGCCACCACGGAGAACCCCUCGUUCAAGGUGCAGAGUGCCCUGCUUUCGCGGUGUCGGACGUUCACACUGUCCAAGCUGACGGACGACGACAUCCGGUCGAUCCUGCAGCGGGCUCUCCGGGUCGAAGGUCCCAGCUAUUCGCCGACGGAGCUGGUGGACGACGAGCUGAUCAACUACCUGGCCAGCUUUGCCGACGGCGACGCGCGAACGUCCCUCAACCUGCUCGAGCUCGCCAUGGACCUGUCGAAGCGGCCGGGAAUCACCACGGAGGAGAUCAAGCGGUCUCUGACGAAAACGCUGGUGUAUGACCGCGCAGGCGACCAGCACUACGACACCAUCUCCGCCUUCCACAAAUCCCUCCGGGGCAGCGAUCCGGACGCGGCGCUGUACUAUCUGGCGCGCAUGAUCCAGUCCGGGGAGGACCCGCUCUACAUUGCGCGGCGUCUGAUCGUCGUCGCGUCGGAGGACAUCGGGCUGGCGGACAACAGCAUGCUCACGCUGGCCAUCUCGACGCACGCGGCGGUGGAGAAGAUCGGGCUGCCGGAGGCGCGCAUCAACCUGGCCCAUGCGACGGUGGCGAUGGCGCUGUCCAAGAAGAGCACGCGGUCUUACCGCGGGCUGAACAAUGCGUUCGCGGCGCUAGGCGAGCCGGGGGUGGCCGGGCUCCCCAUCCCGAUCCACCUGCGGAAUGCGCCGACGCGGCUGAUGAAGGAGCUGGGGUACGGCAAGGAGUACAAGUACAAUCCGAACUACAUCGACGGCGAGGUGGCGCAAGAAUAUCUUCCGGAGAAGCUGCGGGGACGGCAGUUCCUGGAAGAUCGGGAUCUGGGCGAUCGCGUUGAUCCCGACCUGAGGUAGUACCAUGAGUAUUGUCAGUGGGCAGCAGACCCUCUGGUACAUUUUUAACAUAACCAUACCCAGUCCGUCCGUCAGGGAGUCAUACAUUGAGACUCGGGUUGAGUCCAGGCGCAUCCCGGCAGAGAGCCAGGGCUGUACAUAUCAGGUUCUGGGAGAAAUGCCAGAAAAUAGAAUGAGCUGCAGCGGGUAGCGCAGCGAAGACCGCAUUGGACGGGAUAUUGGAGCUAGAGCAGAGGCAGAAGACCUGAACAGGUAGCGCCUACAUGUGUCAAUCCCCCCGAUAAAGACAAUAGAUCCAUGCGACCUGAUCGAAUCAAUCCA